AACAGCAUUACUAUCUAUACGAGAGAGCGAAAGAUUCAUCAUCUCGCAUCUAAUGUCCAUAAUGGCUUCACUCUCACCUUCUAUGGCCACUGACAUCACGAACCAGCUGACCCAACAGAGUGCUGCUGUGCCAACUUCACGCUCAAGCGAAACAUCUCAGUUACAAUCUGGACGUUAUCUUUGCCACACGCACCACCGGUAAAGAUUAUCGCUCGUUACACAACGUUCAACUACCAUUCAAUCGUCGCAAACUUCAAGAUAUGGCGUCCAACAAGUCGCGAGAUAUUGAAAUCCUACGUUACGAUGAUCGCUACCAAGAACAAUCGAUGGAGGUACUCCGGAAGUCAUUUUUUCUGAACGAAAUGGUUUGUAUCGGAGCGGAGGUAAACCUUACACCCCAGGCACAGAAGGAUCUUGAGCAGCUCUGCCUAGAUGUAGCCAAUGGUGGUGUGUCGAUGAUCGCGAGACACACACCAACCGACACGAUCGUUGGAGUCUCUUUCAAUGUGCUGCAGACACCGAGCGGACCGGAAGAUUCCAACUACUUCGAGCAGUUCCGUGACACGAAAUGUACGACCGACAGCUCACGGUCGUUGAUGCAGUACAUGAUCACGAUGGACGCAAAGGUGAACCUGUUCGAGCGGUUUAAUGUGCGCUGUUUGCUGGAGAUCAUGUUCCUUGCCACCUUACCCAGCUACGAGGGGCACGGCGUUGGUACGCGUCUCGUUGAAGAGUCCGUUCGGUUGGCGGAAGAGCUGAAAAGUGGCAAGGCCGUACCAACGGUAUCAAGUGAGUGCUCGGGAGCGUCCGAUAAGCCGCAGCUAGUGUCGGCCCUGUUUACGUCCCGAAUCUCGCAACGUGUCGGUGAAAAGGUUGGCUUUACGGUUAUCAAUCAGGUACCCCAUUCGGAGUUUGUGUACAAGGGAAGAACCUACAGCGAUCGGAUCGGUUCGGAGCAUCCAUUUUCAACGCUAGUGGUAAAGCACAUAUAAAGGAACGAUCGUGCAGUGAAAGUGAAAGCGCGGGACGCGGAUGGGGAUAAGUGCGAUCAUGUUAUUAGCGCGUCUGGAAGUGUUGUUAUUGUGGAACCGGUUUGAAUGUGUGAAUGAUUUGCAAGCUUAUCAAGGCAAAUAAAAUCAGUAUUGACACUUUGUUUCAAAUUGAACAAA